UCGAGCCCCGGCGGUCCCCCGCCCCCCGCGUGCUCCGCGCCUCGGCCCCCGGCCGCGCCUCCUCGUGGGCCCCCUGCCCCGGAGACAAGAUGCUGCUGUCCAAGUUCGGCUCCCUGGCGCACAUCUGCAGCCCCAGCAGCAUGGACCACCUGCCCGUGAAGAUCCUGCAGCCCGGUAAAGGCCGGGCCGGGCCGGGGAGCGCGGGGGGACCCCGCUCCGUGGCGCUUUCCCACACCAACCGCCCCUCCCCACUGUCUCCUCCGCCCGCAGCCAAAGCCGACAAGGAGCCCUUCGAGAAAGUCUACCAGGUGGGCUCCGUGCUGGGAAGCGGGGGCUUCGGCACCGUCUACGCCGGGAGCCGCAUCGCCGACGGGCUGCCGGUCGCUGUGAAGCAUGUGGUCAAGGAGAGAGUCACCGAGUGGGGCACAAUCGCUGGUGUGAUGGUGCCCUUGGAGAUCGUGCUCCUGAAGAAGGUGGGCUCUGGCUUCCGAGGCGUCAUCAAGCUCCUGGACUGGUAUGAGCGGCCAGACGGCUACCUGAUUGUCAUGGAGCGGCCGGAGCUGGUCAAAGACCUUUUUGACUUCAUCACGGAGAAGGGGGCCCUGGAGGAGGAGAUGGCCCGGGGCUUCUUCAGCCAGGUCCUAGAGGCCGUGCGCCACUGCUAUGCCUGCGGCGUGGUCCACCGAGACAUUAAGGAUGAGAACCUGCUGGUGGACCUCCGGACGGGGGAACUCAAGCUCAUCGACUUCGGCUCUGGCGCCCUGCUCAAGGACACGGUCUACACGGACUUUGAUGGCACGAGAGUGUACAGCCCUCCAGAGUGGAUUCGGUACCACCGCUACCACGGCAGGUCGGCCACCGUGUGGUCUCUGGGGGUUCUCCUCUACGAUAUGGUCUGUGGGGAUAUCCCCUUUGAGCAAGACGAAGAGAUUCUUCGAGGACGGCUGUACUUCAGGAGGAGGAUUUCCACUGAGUGCCAGCAGCUCAUCAAAUGGUGUCUGUCCCUGCGGCCGUCGGAUCGGCCCACCCUGGACCAGAUCUUUGACCACCCCUGGAUGCUUCGCUCGGACGUGGGGAAGUCUGAGGACUGUGACUUACGGCUGCGCACCAUCGACACGGACGUGUCCAGCACGAGCUCGAGCAAUGAGAGCCUUUGAAGGAGGGAGGCUCGGAGCCCCCCAUCACCCGCUCUCCGACCUGGGGCAGAGGGCACACUGACCGGGCAGGGCUAGGAAAUCCCUCCUCCUCCUGUAGUCGGGUCCCUGGCUGAGGGGCUCGGGGCCCCUGCUGAUGGCCGUGGUGGGCCAGCGUCUG